AUGGCCUCACUAGGCGCUCCGGGGCCAUCAAUAGACAAGCAAUGGUCCAAGUUGUCGACCUUCACACAGCAGAUCCUCCCACGUCGUUCGCGUCCUCGUCCGACCAGAACACUGUUAUUCGCGAUCGCCUCGUUCUGCUUGUUGCUUCUUUGGCUCCUGCGAUCAUCCGGGGAGCCGGCGAUCAACUACUGGACGCAAUUCCCAUCUCUCCAUCCAUUCCGCGCGUCCCCCGAAGACGCUUCGAUCCUCAUCCCGCAUAACUCUACAUUGACUCGAGAUGAUACCCUUCCCGUCAACCUGGUCAAGAACAGUCCGUCCUUUCAUGUGGUCGUUCCCGCGAGGCAGAAGGCGCCCCCGCUUUGUCGGCUAAUCACGUCCGCUAUGAUAUUGAACUACCCUCCUCCGACAUUGAUCAACUAUGGAAAGUCGCUUCCGGAGGGCUCUACGGAUUAUGAUGCCAUGGUGGAGAAGGUGUCUGGUAUCUACGAUUAUCUGUCGGCCAGUCGCCACGUGCACGAUCAGGAUUUUGUGCUCCUUCUCGAUGAGACGGAUUUCUUCUUUCAAUUGCCGCCGGAGGUGAUGAUCGGACGAUUCCAGAACCUCCUUCGUGAAAGAAAUGCGAAGUUGCGCAAGAAGUAUGGUCUGGUGGGCAUUGGCUCUGAUGCCUCGCCAGAGAUCGUGCAGAAAUAUUCCCAGCGGGUGUUGUUUGGCGCGAGCAAGACGUGUGAUUUGAACAAGUUGAACUUGUCAUUGGACCCUGGUUGUGUCACGGUGCCGCAGUCGGCGCUGCCUCCUGAUGUGUAUGGGUGGAAGACCGAUAUCGAUUCAGACAUCGCCCUAAACCGCCCGCGAUGGUUGAAUCCUGGUAUGGCAAUGGGACAAGUGGCAGAUCUCAAACUGGUCUACGGCCAAGUCCUGCAAUUCGUGGAGAAGCAGAAGCGCAUCAAAAACGCCGACCAUGUCGCAUUGACCCAAAUGUACGGACGACAGGAGUAUAUCCGAGAAUUGGAACGACAAAGAACUUCCAACGGCCUCAUGGAAUGGCUUUACCGUCAAAUAGGCAUCUCAGACGCCACCAACGUCACCGGCGCCGCAAUCCCGUACCUCAAAUCCGGAGCCCGCUACGAAUACGGCAUCGGCGUGGACUCCGAAUCCCGCAUCUUCUUCGACACAACCCAUUCCAAACGCGACAUGGAAUGGCUCCACUACAACAACAUCACAAAAACCUCCCUCGUACAAAUGGAACACGGUGUUCCCCGAGAACACCGCCUCCUCCUCCCCGAAGACCUCACCCUCCCCUCCCCCUUCUACCACCCCAACCUCACCAAAGAUGAAGUCAGCAACCCGCCCUACAACGACACCCUCGACGCCCUCCCCAACCCCAAAAACCGCUCUUGGCGCAACCUUCCCCUCCUCACAUACAUCCCCUCCGCCUCCGUCCCCGCCCUCAUCCACCUCGACGGCAACCGGGUCACGCGCGAUGGCUGGUGGUUGAAAAUGUGGUAUCAACCCUGGUCCCGCGCUCUGCUGCGCAAGUACAUGCGUACACCGCUUGGCUUCGACGUUGCUCAGUCUGCGUUGCUAGGUGGACAGGAUUGGUGGGACUUACGCGGUGGGAAAGGUGGUAUUUGGACUGGGCAAGGGGAGUGGAUGGAUUAUGGGGAGGUUUGUAAAGGGUUUGAGAGGGAUGUGUUUGAGGAUGGGUUCGGGGCUUGGGGGAAGGAGGAUGGAAGUGAGGAUGGGCCGGUUUAUAAUCAGUUUGGGAAUGUUGUUAAGGGGGGUUAG